AUGGCCUCAAACGUGGACUGGCAGUCGACAAAGAACACUUUCUUGGAAAGAAAUCGUCAUAUGUUCAAUAAUUCCGACAUGAGUGAUAUCAAAUUGGCUUGCGAAUGUUCAGAAAAGACAUUCUACGCACAUAAAUACCUCUUGGGCACAAGAAGCGCCGUCUUCCGUGCCAUGUUUUAUGGCGGCACAGCUGAGAACGGUCCGAUUGUCCGAUUGCCUGAUACAAAUGAGAAAAGUUUGGAACAGUUUUUGAGGUUUCUUUACACGGAGGAAUGUACAUUGACCGCAGACAAUGUUGUUGCCACCAUGUAUUUGGCAAAGAAGUAUAUAAUUCCUUCGCUCAAUGAGAAAUGUGUUAAUUUCCUGCUGGAAAACCUAAAUCCUGAAAAUGUGCUGGAUGUUUUGGAGGAAGCGACUCGUUUUGAUGAGAAAAAAUUAGAAAAACGAUGUUGGAAAAUUAUAGAGUCUAGAACAGGCAAAGUGGUAGCCUCUGAGAGUUUCAAUGACAUGAGUCAAACGACCUUGGCAAUAUUACUGAAUCAAGACAAACUGAAAAUAUCAGAAGUGGAAUUGUUUCAAGCUGUUUUAAAAUGGAUCGAAUUCCAAUGCUCGCGUAAGAAUUUGGAACCAACACACAAGAACUGGCGGUCUAUUAUUGGCGAGGCUAUCUAUGGGUUUCGAUUUUUUGGCAUGAACCACGCAGAGUUUAUUCAACAUGUUUCCAAAUCUGGUUUGUUAACUGCAGAAGAGAUAAAUCCUAUCUACGAGAAAUUUCUUGGAUCUGAUUCGGCCGCGUUGAGAUGGACACUGCCAAAUAGGAAAACAGAAAAUAUCGUCAGGUUCUGCAGAUUUCCUGAAAAGACAAAUAAAUUAAAGACAGGAUGGGAAUAUGGUGGCGCAGCGGAUCGCCUUCAAUUUUCUGUAAAUGAAAACGUGUCCUUGCUUGGUGUUCAUUUGUUUGGAGAGCAAGGGAGUGAGUAUCUGGUCACUUUGGAAGUCGAAGUCAAAGACAAAGGAGACAAAGACGCGAAAGGAGUCAAAGUAACGGAGCGCAGCUCGCCCAAAGGUUAUACCUCUAAGCGCAACCAAGACGACGUUCCUGGUUUUGAUGUAAUGUUAAAGAACCCCAUUCCACUGAAUCCGAGUAACGUUGUAACUCUCUCAGCAACCGUAAUAAGCGGGCCUGAUUCGUGUAGUGGUGAAAAUGGAUUAUCUUCAGUUACACUCGAAGGAGUCACUGUGACAUUUAUCGAUUCUCCGUGCGCCACCAACAAAACUUGUGUAGAUCACGGACAAUUUCAUGAAAUAAUACUUGCAAUUUAA